GUAAGCAUUUUCAAGAUGGCAGCCUCCGUACGGAAGUGGAUUCUGAGUUUAGCUCUCGUCGCAGUUUCACUGUUUGUCUUUAAUCGAUGGAUUGUCAUUCAUAUGGUGAAUGAUAUUUUGAGAGCAAAAAUAAUUAGAUUCCAAAUUACCUGCCUUAUUCAAGCUUUCAUGAUUGUCAUGACCCUUUUCAACUGGAUAAAUCUUUCAGAUUUAUUUGACACCGUCAAUGACAAAGUGAAAAUAGAUGGAUCAGACAUUGAUAAAGAAAAGAAAAGUUCGAAAUUUCGAUUUGAGAUUCAUUGGAGAGAAAUAGCAAACUGGAAACAGUAUUCAGUGCAAUCUGCUCUCUGGCGGGGUUUUCUUAUGACUGCUUUGAUUCUUUCACAAUUUGUGUACACGUCUUUUUCUUUUCUCAUAUCCUCAGAACCAUAUCUAGUGACAUAUUUGUUCUUUUUAUGUUUAGCAUUUUCAGUGCAGUUAUUUGCAGCACAAGUUGUUCUCUAUGCAGUAAAAACUUUGUUGAAAUUAAUAGACAAGAAUUCAUUGAAACAUAGAAGCAGACCUUCAAAGUUCCCAAGGAUUGCUGUUGUGUUAUAUGCACUGUUUAUUGUUACUGUUGGUUUUUACAACACAUUUAAAGUACCGGAAAUAAAGGAAGUUAACAUUCCAAUCAAAGGAUUACCUAGUCAUCUUGAUAAAUUUACAAUUACGUUUGUAAGUGAUAUACAUCUCGGACCAACUGUAGGAAAAAGAACCCUGGAGAAGAUUGUUCAUAUGAUAAAUUAUUUACAUUCAGAUAUUGUGAUUAUUGGUGGAGAUCUUGUAGAUGGAAGGGUUGACCAGUUAACGUCUGCAACAGAAUCAUUAGACUGGAUAAAAUCAAAAUAUGGUGUAUAUUUUGUAACAGGAAACCAUGAAUACUACACAACUGAUGUUCACAACUGGUUUGAAAAUCUAGAAUCCCUAGGUGUGAAGAUUUUACACAAUUCAAAUGUGGUAAUAAAGGGAGCUGGAAACACUGGUAUAUGUUUAGCAGGUGUAGACGAUCCCACAGCUGAUACGUUUAAGUUUAUGGAUCAUACAAUGGAUAUAGGUGGCGCUUUACGUACAUGUGAUGAAAGUAGUCCUGUGAUACUUAUUGCUCAUCAACCAAAAGCAGCUAAAGCUGCUCUGAUGUCAAACCACAGGGUUGAUCUUGUACUCUCUGGGCACACCCAUGGAGGACAAAUGUUUCCACUAACAAUUGGAGCAUAUUUUUUCAACCCCUAUUACGCUGGUCUGUACAGACAUGGUGAACAUAGUCAUGUUUACGUCUCCAUGGGAACCGUAUACUGGGGAUUUCCAAUUCGCUUUGGAACAAAUAGAGAAAUUACAAAAAUUACUCUUGUGACCAAAGAUUAAAAGUGUCUAAAGUCAGUCAUACACUAGUGGCAGUAUUUUGAAUUUCAAGUUUUAAAAUAUACUGUACAAGAAAUAGCUUGUUUUAAAUUCAUGUUCUUCAUUUUUCUACAUGUAUAUGACAUAUACUACUUAUACUGUUUAUUAUUCUCCAUGUAAUGUAUGCUUGAGUUUUGAGAAUCACAUGUCAGACUGAGUCAAAUAUGUUAUACACAUUGUAUUAAGUUAUUGUUUAUAGUAUUGUAAAUGUUAUCGUUAGAAAUGAUCUCACGAAAUGCCACUCAGGAAGAGGUCUUCAGUGACAGCUUCUGACUUUCUGGACUUUAUUUUAAGACUUUUUAGAAAAGAUGAGAUGUACGAUACUGUCAAUUGGGAAAGUUCCACAUUGACUUGCUUUAGCGAUUCAUGGGUAGCAGCCAUAUUAAAUUUCACUGUAUUAAGAAUUCAUGAAACUUUAAUGUUUAUAUGAGCCGUGCCAUGAGAAAACAAACAUAGUGGCUUUGCGACCAGCAUGGAUCCAGACCAGCCUGCGCAUCCGCGCAGUCUGGUCAGGAUCCAUGCUGUUCGCUAACAGUUUCUCCAAUUCCAAUAGGCUUUAAAAGCGAACAGCAUGGAGCCUGACCAGACUGCGCGGAUGCGCAGGCUGGUCUGGAUCCAUGCUGGUCGCAAACCCACUAUGUUGGUUUUCUCAUGGCACGGCUCAUAUGAUAGUUCAUGCCGCAAGUUAAUAUCCACAAAAUUUUUUGAAUGAGAAAUAUCACCCGAUCUACAGUAAGCAUGAUUGAGUGCUUACGUUCCGCUGAAUCUGUUAACCAUAGGUUAGCUGGCUCUCUGUCAUUUUGUAGAAUGUAAAAGUCCCAAAACCAUUACCAAAUUGUUCAAUGACCAAUGAAAUGACAGUAUUGGAUAUAAAAUGACGACCAAUGUGGACUAAAUAACUAACUUCUGAUGAAUGGAGUGUAACAGAUAGACUGGUUUUGGGUGUCCGACAAUGAAAAUGACUGUACUUAUAAAGAAUUUAAAUAGAUUUAUGCUUUUGACCAAACAUGUUUUAUGUCAGACUGUACCAAAAAAUAGGUAGCCUAAAUACCAAAGAAAAAAGGAUCAUAUUAACAGUAUUCAUAACAUGUUGAAGGAAUAAAAUUUGUCUAUAUUCUUAAUCAGGUUUUGACAAUUUUUUCAAUUUUGAUAUACAGUCAAAAAUAUAACUAUUAAGGAGCCAGCCAAGAGAGUGGCAGUCUGGCUUGUAAAGGUAUGUGGCUACUUAAGACAAGUUGAAAUUAGAAUAAAAAGUCAAUUAGGGAAGUUAGCUGAUUGGCUGCAUAAGAAAAGUGACUGUUUAAUUCAUGUGGCCUUAAAGACAGGUUCAGUUGUAUGUUUUACAUGUAACAAGUAUAUUUGCUAUAGAUUUUUAGAUCCUUCUAAAUGUUUUUCUGAAAAUUGGAUAUGUUAACAUAUUUUUGGAGUUGAACAUAAUGGAUUAAUAGAAUUGUUAUAUUUUUGAAGUUGAAGGUUGUGAACAAAGGUUUGAAAAUGCAUGUUUGAGUUAAUUUAAAUGGUAGGUAUUUGAUGUGAAAUGAUCUCAUAACAGUGACUAAGAAUUAGUUAUUAUAAUUUAUUAAUUUUGAAUUAUUUUAUGUGAUAAUUAUACAUGUAUAAAUAAUAUUAAUUAGACCUUAAUACAUUGUGUUUUUAGCUCACCUGAAUCAGUGGUUCAGAGUGAGCUGUUUUAUAGAUGGAUAGUCCCAUGUCCUUCAUCAGAUUCUGUUGUCCAUCACCCACGGUUUUGCUUAACUAAAUGGUUAAAAUUACAUAAAGCUUUGUCUGUUGCACCCUGGCAGAAACUCUAUUAAGUGUUUUCAAAUGGAUGUGCUUAACUGCCACAAGAGCUGAAAGUAGAUAACUUUUAAACAACUUUGUGUCAUGUACCUCUUGAUGGAUGUUUACCAGACUUUCUUAGAAGCAUCCUUGCAUGUACCUUUCUCAAAUUUGUUCAAAUGGUUCAUUUGAUUGCACUUGGGACUGCAAGAGCUAAAAAAGAAAAACUACUAAAUGACUUCUCAUGAACUGCUUCAUCAAACAUGGUCAGAAGCAUCUCCCUGCACAGACCUCUCUAAAGUGUUUUUAAUCCACCGCCACGAGUGAAGGGGGUUAUAGGAAUGGUCUCUGUCCUUCCGUCCUUCUGUCCUUACGUCUGUCCAUAACACUUUUGUGGGAUUUUUUUGUCCCUUAGUUAGAUUAUAUGAUUUAUGUUGAAAUAAUACAAGUUAUUAUUGAAAUAGUACAAUUGUCUCUCCCCACUACUUUUCUCCCCUCCUCUCAAAACUCUUCAUUUCACUAUAUAGUUCCCUAGUGAACCCCAGUUUUGAUGUAUUGUUUCGCCAGUACCUUUUUCUGUACAAAUCUAAAUCAUGUGUUAAAAGCAAUCAAAGUCUAUCAAUUUCUUCCUGAGUGCAACAGGUGUUUGUCAAGGUAAAAUUUUAUCAAGUGAACAUUGCUAAAUGUUUUCAGUUUUCAAAUUCUUACCAAGAAAUUCUUGCUUUAUCUCUGCCAUUUUAGAUGUGGUGGCGAUAAACUACCUUUUGAAAUGAACGUUUUAUAAAGUUAGAUCAUAAUCUGAGGUUUUAAUUUCUGUGUCCUAUUAAUGCGAUGUUAGAUGUCAAGUUUCAUUAUGUUUUUGAGAGUUGUCAUUUUAUUGCUGACAGUAGAAAAUAUUUACUGCCAUAUUUUAACCUUUAACCUGCUUUAUUUUUAAAAUGGACUGAUCCAGCAUUCAGUUUGGGCAGUACCACUUAUUAUUCAAAGGAAACAGAAAAUUUACUGACUUAAUAGCGAACAGUGCAGACCAUGAUCAGCCUGCACAGAGGUGCAGGCUGAUCUUGGUCUGCACUGGUUGCAAAGGCAAACGCACUUGCCGCCAGCAGGCUAAAGGUUAAGAAGAACCAGUAUGUUUGGUUUACAGCACUGGUAGCUUACCUCAGAUUACACUUAGUCAUUAUCUAUUAUAUUUAUGUUAGUUAGAAAUGUUGUAAGUUUUAUUAAUCUGUUUGUUGUUCAUGUCCUAUGUGGUUCUGGGACAACAAUGUUUCUGUGAAAAGAAUUUGAACCACUGUUUUAUACUUGCCUGAUUGUAAGAAGUAACUACCGGUAAUUGGGUGUGAACACUUGGUUUGACUGUGAUUCCAGCAGGUAUACGUUUUGAUUUCAUACCUCAUAUUUUUAUUUUUAUUUAAGAGACAUGGAAUCAAAUUUUUUAAUCAUGUUUGGUGUUAUAUAAUCUGAACUGUGCUUAUGUGCAGUAAAGCUCAAAUCAAAAUCAAAUACUAGUAUGUUGUAUUUGUGUGAUUUGCUGCAUUGAUAUUAAAUGCCGAUGCCCCGACGGUGACAUGGGCAAAGUUGUAAAAUAACAACUGAAACUAUUUUGCUCAUUGGAAAACAUUGAAAAUCUUCUCCUGAACCUUAGUAACAGGCCAGUGUCAAAGUAAUUUAGCAAAAAUGUUUCCUUUGUGACUCUCUUCCAACUUUGUUUCCCAUUUGAAAUGUGUGUCAGCGAUCUUGAGUAAUCAUGGCUCCCUUGUUUAUGAGCACUGUUGCAGUAGUAUUUAUGAUAGUAUUAGAUAAAGAAUGUUUACUAGAACACUUAGUAUUUGUUUAAGUAGUAAUUGUAUGUUUGAAUUGUAAUAGGUUGUUUGAUGGUAGUUGUUGUCCCAUUAAGUUAACCUUUACCCUGCUAUAUUUCUAAAAUGGACUGGUCUGUCAUCCAAUUUCGGCAAUACCACUUAUUAUUCAAAGGAGUGUUCACUGAAAAUUUAUUCAGUCUGACUGAAUAGCGAACAGUGCAGACCAUGAUCAGCCUGCACAGAUGUGCAGACUUAUCUUGGUCUGCACUGGUCGCAAAGGCAGAAUCACUUGCUGCCAGCAGGCUAAAGGUUAAUUUGUUUUUGAUCUUUUGUUGAAAUAAAUCUUGUUAUAUCUACUUA